GCGCUCCUGCUCCCGCCAUGCCCCGCGGCGGGCAAGAUGGCGGCACCCAUGGCCGCGGUGGCGGCGCGGUCCGUACGCUGGGUCGUGCGGGCCGCAGCGGCGGGGCCGCUCCUGCUGGGCCCAGCCCCUUCCAGCUUUGUUCCGCGGCCCGCCUGCUGCAGCGGGAGCAGCUCGGCGCUGGGCAGCAUCCUGGGUAUCCCCUCAGAGAAGCCGUCCGGAGCGCUGGGCCAGCACCCGCCGCCCCUUGCCACCAGCAAAGAGGAGCAGGAGCGGCUGCUGCGGGGUCGGCCCGACCAGCCCCGUAACCCCAAGGUGCUCCGGAUCGCCAUCAUCGGAGCGCCCAACGCGGGGAAGUCCACGCUGUGCAAUCAGCUCCUGGGCAGGAAGGUCUUCCCUGUCUCCAAGAAGGUGCACACAACGCGAUGCAAGGCCCGUGGCGUUGUCACCCAUGAGGACACACAGCUGAUCAUUCUGGACACACCUGGCCUCACUAAUCCCUUUAAAGUCAAAAGACAUAAAUUGGAUGAAGCCAUGCUGACAGACCCGUGGGACAGCAUGAAGCACGCGGACUUAGUUCUGGUUUUGGUGGAUGUGUCUGAUCACUGGACACGAAACUCCCUGAGCAAGGAGGUGCUGAAGUGUCUGUCCAGGUUCCCCCAGGUCCCCAGUGUCCUGGUUCUCAACAAGGUGGAUCUGCUGAAGAAGAAGUUCCUCUUGCUGGAGCUGGUCAAUGAGCUCACAGAGGGAAUUGUGAAUGGAAAGAAGCUGGAAGUGAAAGCUGCGUUUGAACAGCAUUCCAGCUCUUCAGCAAAGCCUCCUCUUCCCAUCACUCAGGCUUCACCAUCUGAGAACAGGGCCCCUGAGUCAAGCCUAAAUCAAGCCCGAGGUGGCUCUGGCUUGGAAAACCACAGUGGUGUGAAGGCUUCAGAGUGCAGCGUUGUCACAGGAGAGCCACAAGGGCUGGCUCAGAGUGGACCCAAAGGGCUGAGAGACAGGAAAGGCUGGCCAGGCUUCCAGGAGAUAUUCAUGCUGGCAGCUCUCCAUGGGGAGGAGGUGGAUACGCUCAAGCGGUACCUCCUCCUGCAAGCCAAGCCAGGCCCUUGGGAGUUUCACAGCGGGGUCUUGACCAGCCAGUCACCUCAGGAGGUCUGUAAUAACAUCAUCAGGGAGAAGAUACUGGAGUACCUGCCGCUGGAAGUGCCCUAUGGUGUGACUCAGGUGACAGAGAUGUGGGAGGAAGGAGAGUGUGGGGAGCUCCUCAUUGUGCAGAACCUCCUGGUCCCAAGGAAGUCUCAUAUGAUGAUGCUGAUCGGAAGAGGAGGGCAGGUCAUCAGCAGGAUUGCUCAGGAGGCUGGCCAGGACCUGAUGAACACUUUCCUGUGUGAUGUCCGCUUGAAGCUCAAGGUGGAGGUGAAGAGUUGAGCUCUUUGCCCAUGUUUUAACAGACUUGAGCUCUCUGCUUGUGCAGAGAAACCGGUCCCGUUUUCCCCCACGGGUCUCUUGGCACCUUUCUUCAAUCCAGAAGCAGAGAAUGAUGGCAUCAGGGUUGAGGCCUGAAGCAGGAUGUAUUCUUCUGUGCGGGAAUGGCCCAAACUGAAACAAAACCUUC